AUGUCGGAACGAAUGGCGCCCUGGCGCUCCAAGCCACCGGCGAUCGUUUCGCAGCUCAUCGCGCAGCUGUCGGCGCGCACGAUGUUCCUCGUGCAGCGCGCGGGGCCAACUGCGUUCGUCGUGGCGGAUGCGGACGCGCCUCCGGACCCGCACACGCGGCAACCGCGGAAGUUCCGCGUCUCCGUCGGAGCUGCCAUGACGUGCUCCUGCAGCCCGCCCGUGAGCGGCGCAGGCCCGUCCCCAGAGCUGUGUUUUCACACUCUGUUUGUUCUAACAAAGGUUUUGCGCGUGCCGCGCUCGAACCCGCUCGUCUGGCAGCGCUCGCUCAUGGACCGCGAGCUCGACGAAGUCCUCAGGUGCUCCGAGGCGCUGCAGCGGCCCGCGGGCGCCCCGAACGCCGUCCUCGUGCGGUCCCAGAGCGGCGUGACCGACGCGUCCGUGCCGCCGGGCCAGGUCGCGCCGCGGGAGGUCGCGGAGGGGGAGGUGUGCGCUAUUUGCUACGAAGACAUGUCGACGGCGUCGCUCGCGUCGCUCGUGCACUGCCGAUUCAGCUGCGGGCGGCGCGUGCACGGGCGGUGCAUGCGCGUGUGGGUCGACCACCAGCGGUCGACGGGGAAGGAGGAGACGUCCUGUCCGCUGUGUCGGCAAAAGUGGGGGGAGUUCGACUGGACGCCCCCCCGGUUCGAGCGGCAGCCGCGGGAGGGCCGCGCGCGCGACGAGGCGGUGCACUAUGGCGUGGCGUGCCACGGAACCUCGUGCGGGCGCGACACGCACAUCACGGGACCGCGAUACCGCUGUUGCGUGUGCAAUUCCUACGACCUGUGCCGGGAGUGUUUCCGCACGGGAACGCACAUGCAGCACCCCUUCAUGGUCAUUGACAAGCCAGGGAAUGCCGAGCAGCCGGCGGAGGAGCGCGUGGCGCCGAGCCCGGGGUCGCCGACGGGCGGGCGCGACGCGGAAGCGGCGGCGCGCGCCGCGCAGCGCCGCGCACAACAGCGUGUCGAGCAAGCGCAGCAGCGCGCCGGCGGCACGGGCAAGCGCCCCGUCGCGAGCAGAACGCGCUCGGACCUCUCGAAACGAUACACGGCAGGCACCCAGCAGCCCACGCCGGACCUCGCCAUCUCCGGCCUCCAGAUGGGGUCGGGAACGCCGCACGUCAUGCCGCCGUACCCCGCAGGCGCCAUCUCGCCGCCGGGGCCCUCGCGGCGCGCCGUGAACACCGCUGCGAAGGCUCCGCGGCAGGGCCGGCGCAGCACGGCGCCGAAGGAGGCCUCCCCGGCGCCGACGUCAGGCCUGGACCUGACGCUGGACAGCAACACAUAUCUCCCCCGCACGACGACGGCGCUGGCGGCGGUCGACGCCGCCGGCGCGCCGCCGUCACCCGCGCUCGACGCGCGGCGGUCCGCGCCGAGCCACGUGGAGGCCCCCCCUCUCGACAGCAACGGCGGCGCCGCAAGCGUCGAGCGGGCCUACUCGCGGCACCUCUCGCUCGGGCCGGUCGGCAGCGCGCCGUGGAACCUGGGGGGACACGUGGCGACGACGGUGCAGCGCGGGGGGGCGUCGCAAGAGACAGGAGAGGCGGAAAUGAUGGACGCAUUGGUCGGGAUGUCUCUAGGGGGAACGUCGUCGCCCGUGCGAGAUACGAGCCCGCCGCAGCACGGACGCAGGGCGGUGGGGCCGCACGAGGUGCUGCGGGGGCCGCGGCAGCCGCGGAGCUCGGUGCCGCAUGCGCGGGCGCCUCGGGAGGACAUGGGCGUGCUCGGCACCACGACGGGCGCGCUGCGCAAGGCCAGCCGGGCGUAG